AUGUUUCGAUUGCAGGGCCUGCAGGGAACCUAUCUGCGUUUGUUUCCAAGUCACUUGUUAAGUUGUUCCCCAUCUGCUAAUGGAACCUAUAUACAGAACCUGAUAAAUGGUGAACGCAGUGCAGUUGCAGGAAACAGCAAGUGUGAAAAAUCAGGACAGGGUGUGGUAAUAGGCACCUCGAAAUCCCAUGAAGCCUUUAUAGCACUUGCAAUCAUGGAAUUUGUCAUCACUUUGUUAUUCUUUGUGCUAUUCUUGCCAAAACUAGAUAAAAAGAUAAAAUUCUUAUUUUGGCCUUUAGCUGAUAUUUUCAACUCAUUGAUUGCAGUUUUGUUCUUUAUCAUUGUGUGCCUGUGUGCAAUAAUAAUCAAGACCACGACUGGGACUCUGGUUGGAGGAGUCUUUGGUCUUCUGUUGGUGGUUCUUUGUAUUGCAGAUUCUGUCCUUCUUUUCAAGAAGAUUACAUUUAAUAAGCCAAGAGGAAGGAAUGUUAUUACCAGAUAAGAAUGACCAAUUUACCAAAAGACUGAUUUAUUCUCCACUUUAAAUGCCUAUUGAUUAAUAGGAUACUUGUUUCAUUCUUAGCCUAUGUAUUUUUCUUAAAGGGUUUAACUUGUUCAUCUUAGAAUUACAAUAUUUUCCUGUGUGUUUUUUUUAAAUUAGUUUACUUUUUCACACAUUAACAUUCUUUAAAUUCCUAUGUAUUUUUCUAGACCACAUAUUUUUACCAGUGUUGACUUUAAAUAUUGUCCUAUGUGUUUUAAUAAACUUGAUACAUUUUCACUUGU